AUGAUCCGCCGAAAGAAGAAUGUCAAGAAGGGCAUCCAGUUCUGCCUGAUGGUCUGCGGUGCCUCGGGCACUGGUCGGACCACCUUCGUCAACACCCUCUGCGGUAAGACCGUCCUGGGUCAUAAGGACUCCGACGAUGCGAGCACCGCCCAUGUCGAGGAAGGCGUUAAGAUCAAGCCUGUUACCGUCGAACUCGAGCUGGACGAGGAGGGCACGCGCAUCUCUCUAACCAUUGUUGACACCCCUGGAUUCGGGGACCAGAUUGAUAAUGAGGCCAGCUUCUCAGAGAUCGUCGGCUACCUGGAAAGGCAAUACGAUGACAUCCUUGCUGAGGAAUCGCGUAUCAAGCGAAACCCCCGAUUCAGAGACAAUCGUGUGCACGCCAUGCUCUACUUCAUCACUCCCACCGGCCAUGGUCUUCGCGAGCUCGACAUUGAGCUCAUGAAGCGCCUUGCGCCUCGGGUUAACGUCAUCCCUGUCAUCGGCCGCGCCGACUCCCUCACCCCGUCUGAGCUCGCCGAGUCCAAGAAGCUGGUGAUGGAGGAUAUCGAGCACUACCGCAUCCCUGUCUACAACUUCCCCUACGACAUCGAGGAAGACGACGAGGACACCGUCGAGGAGAAUGCCGAGCUCAGAGGACUGAUGCCGUUUGCCAUUGUCGGGUCGGAGGACGUGGUCGAGAUUGGCGGCCGUCAGGUUCGCGCACGCCAAUAUCCUUGGGGAGUCGUCGAGGUCGAUAACCCGCGCCACUCGGACUUCCUGGCCAUCCGGUCUGCCCUGCUGCACAGCCAUCUUGCCGACCUGAAAGAGAUCACGCACGACUUCCUCUACGAGAACUACCGUACCGAAAAGCUUAGCAAGAGCGUUGAGGGCGGUGCUGGAGUCGACUCGUCGAUGAACCCCGAAGAUCUCGCCUCGCAGUCUGUGCGCCUCAAGGAGGAACAGCUCCGGCGUGAGGAGGAGAAGCUCCGGGAGAUCGAGGUGAAGGUCCAGCGCGAGAUCAACGAGAAGCGCCAGGAACUGCUGGCUCGCGAGUCGCAGCUGCGCGAGAUCGAAGCGCGGAUGCAGCGCGAGGCGGCAGCGGCGGCGGCUGCUCAGCAAGCUACCACUCCCAACCACAGCGAGCCGAACGGCGCCGAGUAG